UUGUAUAGAUGAAUAUUUUUAAAGUAUAUCUAUUAAUGUUACUAUGGUGUUUUAUAAAUAUCAAUUCCUCACAGAAGAUCACAAGUAGACAUAUACCAAGGCGACCAAAAAAUCUCAAAUGUGUAGAUAAAAACCUUCAACGAAAUUUAGUAUGGGAACCACCAAAACCCAGAAGUGAUGAACUUAAACUGGAGCAUUACGAAACUUCAUACUGUGCCAUGGCAUCUUGCGAUCCAAAGGAGCGCCUAAGAUGUUAUCAAGACACUAACCGCACCAUAGAAGUCAUAAAUACGGCUUCACCAAUGUGCAAAACUUCAAUCGAGCAGUUGGAUGCUUGGGGUGUUUAUAUAUUCUACGUCGAAGCUGUGUUUUCAAAUACGAGUGACAAAACGACAGUAAAAUCAAAGAAAAGACAUAUUAUCUGCAAAUCUAUCAAAUCACAAAUGAGUCUUUCAUCUCCAAGCAUCAAUGCAUCCUCAACAAAGGAUUCUAUUCAAGUCCAUUCUGAAUUGCCAACAGAAUUCGUGCACGCGCAAAAUGUUUCCGGUUACGAGAUUGGAAUUCAAUAUUCCUUCUGUCUUUAUGAGGGUGAAGUUUCAGAAAACACGUCGAAAAUCGGUUGCAGAUACAAAAAAUGUGAUUCAGUCUCAACUUUUCAACUGCUGAAAUCCGGUACACAAUAUACAGUUGAGGCUUGGUUUGAAACAUUUGGAAAUGGAAAGGACAAAAUUAAAAGCAAAAAGUCCAUAAAACAAGUCAAUACAAAAAUAGAUCCUUUUCCGGACGUAGCAAAAAUAUUAUUGUGUGUAUCAUUGAUUGGAUUUUUUGUCUUCCUUGCUAUAUUUCUCUUCGUUGCAAGAUAUUUAAUAAAAGCAUGGAAAAAGAUUAGUCGACAGUAUCCAGAUCAGUUUCCAGAAAUACUGAGCAAAUUUUUUAAAGAUUUAGAAGCUAACCCAACCAGAGACUCGGAUUUAUUAAACAGCACAAACUGGGAUGUACUACAAAGGCGACAUUUAACCAAUCAGCCAGAACAAGAUAUCGACCCGAUGAAAGAAAGAAAUAGUUCAACAGGUUCUAACCCUUUGAAUGGCACAACAUAUUCAAAUUCAUCAAGUAGAACCGAAACCACACAUGCGAAUACAUUUGAGAAGUGUCAAGAACCUGUGAUUUCACCGCCCUCUUACGUCAUGAAAAAUCAUACGUCAUCUAUUGUGAAAGACAGGCAAAUUAUUAAUUUCACAAUAAAGGAUGUUUCUCGAAAAGAAACUUUAUCAAGUACUCAUGCUAAAACUACUAACACAAAUAGUGAACUUUAUGAUGCAAUAACACCGCAAACAACACAACGUAAACGUAAUUGCGUAAUAGUCUCAUAACUUCUCGUGAGCAAUUAUUAUUUGGUUCAGUUGAAAACAGAAAAAUAUUCCAGCAAAUCUCUUCUUUUUGUUAAAAAGUACAGUUUAUUAUAACCAAAAAUUCUUUCAUUUUUUAUUGUUCAUUUUUCAAAUUUAUUUGGUUCAGCUCUCUUUUUUAUUUUAUCAAUGCGUUUGCAUCUCAGGGACAUAUUCCUGUAUAAAAAAUUGAAAAAAUAUGUUAUUAAAGGUGGUUUCGCUGACAACAAUAUAAUGUGAAUAGCAUUCGUGAUAUAUACAUAAAAAGAAUUCCUUAUUCAAAUAAAUUUUGAUUUAAUAUUUUUUUUAAAUGAGUCGAUUUUGUAAAAACUUUAUAUGACGGUUGUGUUUUGAAAAGUUUAUCAAUUCAGUAACUCAGCUAUAUAAUAAUAUGUGAGCAUCUCAUGGAUGUUGUUGAGAAAUACUUUGUUGAACCAAUUAUCGUUAAAGCAAUUAUAAAUUUUGUUUACAAAUAUUUCUUAUUAAUGUCGAAUGACUGAGAACGAACCAAAUUUUAAUUAUUUCUUGGGAUAUUCAAUAUUUGGUAAUAAAUGUUUACCUCAUGUCAACAUUGAAAACCUACGUAGACUUCAACAAAAUAAUUUCAAACGUAAUGCAACAGUCAAUUAGAAGGAACUGAUUUCGUGAAUUAAAUUUUUGAAUGGUGCCAAUAGAGUGAAUCAAGCACAAAAAUAAAUCACAGUCUGCUAUCACAUCAAAUUGAUCGUAAUGGUCUUGAGAGCGCCAUCUUGCGACAUCAUCUAAUAUUUUCCAAUAUUCGCUACUCGGAAUCGAUAUUGAAGAAAUUUAAUGCAAUAAUCUUUUAUAUUUCUUCAUAUAGUUUUGACUAUUUCGGCUGUGGAAAAGUUCCUUUGUAUUUUAUACUCGAGGUUUUGAAAGUUACUGCAAAGCACAAACAUACUAAAGGGAUAAUGGUUUUAUGUAAAUUGUAUAUAGCCAUUCAAUUUCAGCAACUGUUCAGCUGAAACGUUUUAUUCAAUGGCUUCUUGUAUCGUUUCUUACUGCUUAUGCCUUUCUAUUUGUUAUUAUUAAUAUCAUGUUAUCAUUUUUUAAAUUUUACUUCAUCACGUCAAA